AUGAAGUUCACCAAACGGUACCAAUACACUUUGGUGAACUUGGCCACACCCCCUGUGACUCAUCCACCACCAUAUUUGGUAACGUUUGUGCGACACCCGAAGAGCGCAUGCGUCAGUGGAGUCCUCUUUGUUACAGUGAGUAAGCGUAUUCGUCAGUCAGUGGAGUCGUCGGAGUUUGACCAAUUCGUCUGCCAGGAGCUAGGAUGUGGCAAAACAGUGAAGCGUUUGGAUCGCCACUAUGUGGACUGCCACGGCGAUAUUGAGCUCCCAAAAGCACAGUGGCAGAUCCAAAAAUGUAAACAGAACUACGUUCUGCAACAGCUGGCCAAGCUAAGGGCGUCCUCCCCGGCCAUACCCAUGGUCAGCGUGCUUGAUGUGGGGAUCGGGCCAGCAAGUGCCGGGCUGGGCACCAGCGGGGGGGCCAUCGGCGGGCCGUCCACCAGUCGCGGAGGCGGCGGAGGACGAGGAAGCAUAGCGGGAAGCAGCGGCGGCGCGGCAAGCAGCAGCGGCGACGGGGCAAGCGGCGGCGGCGGGGCAAGCGGCGGCGGAGCGGCAAGCGGCGACGGAGCGGCAAGCGGCGGCGACGGAGCGGCAAGCGGCGACGGAGCGGCAAGCGGCGACGGAGCGGCAAGCGGCAGCGGCGCGGCUAGCGGAGGAGCUGCAAGCAGAGGCGGGGCAAGCGGCGGGGAGGACCCCUUCAUCCCAUGCACAUCCUGCGGGAAUGAGGCUUGCGAUAGGGAGAAGGAGGACCUCCGCCGCCAAAAUAUGGAGCUUAUGGCACGUUUGGGGCUGAGUCCGGGGGCCUGCCCCAGGCAGGACUGCAAGUCACGAGACGAAGAGCUGGCCCGGCUGGUCCGGCUCUAUAUGUCAAGCCCCCAGAAGAAGACAAGGAAAAAGUUUACAAGAAAAGACUCCUUUGAAGAUGAGCAUAACCCCAAAUAUGAACAAAUGCUCAAUGACUUUUUUCUAUACUGUGUCGGGUCUAACCCGAGCAGUAAAGUAAAAGACAACGGAAACACGUGCCGCAGCCACGUACGGCGUUUCCUGCUUUUUUCAGGAGAGGGGCAGCUGUUGAGAGGGGACUUUGCCUUCCUUAAGGAAGCCAAAGUAGUAUCUGACUGGGUGCAGGUCCUAAAGGAGGAUGGCAUGAAGCCAACUACUAUCAGGGUGAACCUAAUAAAUAUUAGGAAAUUCGUGCUCUUCCUGAAAGACCAGCCGGUCGGGGUCACAAAGGUCAGUGAUAAGGCCUUUGAUCGCCUCCUGAGCCAGCUCAAACAGCGGCUGAGGGACCUCCACAGAGAUGUGACGAUUCACCGGCAGAAGAUCCGGAAAGCCGGCCGAAGAAAUAUAGUGCCAAUUGACUCUUCAAAAGCCUUUAGAAAGAAGGCGCGGAGGAUCCUUCCCAUGAAACUGAGUGCAUUGGAGAAGGAUCCUUCCAGAAAGGGACUCUGUGAAGUGUUCGGUCUGUUGGCGGGGUACUUCAUCAGCCUCUCUGGACAUCGGACAGGGGUGAUGGAAAACAUGCUCGUGUCCGAGGUCCGAGAGGCCGAACUUGAGGACAACCGCAGCAUCAUUGAGGUUCAAAGCCACAAAUCUGCGGGCACCUAUGGGCAUGCUCAGGUGUCAGUGAACGAAAAGGAAUACAGCUGGUUCAUGUCCCUGCUUGACAUGCGAGACAACUUUGAGGGGUCCGACAGCCCCUACUUCUUCUUUUCUGCUUCUGGAGGAAAAUGCAGAAAGCUUCUGUAUUACUUCCAGAAGGAGUGGAAGAAGAUGGGGCUGAAGGGCUCCUUUACGUUCCGUAACCUCCGAACUUCAGUGGUGCACUACACUAAGGACCUAAGCCCUUCUAAGAAGGCAGCUGUGCACAGGCAGAUGUGCCACAGCGAAGCUGUGGCAGCAAAGUUCUACCUGCCACUCAACACUCAAAACUCCUUCCCCAGACAACCCAGAGGUCUGAAAUUGUAAUAUGUUGUCCGGAUAGCACAUUUGAGGUUGCCUGUAAAGUUUCGUGCCAUAGAAGUCAACGUAGGCCAAACUCCUUCCCCUGACAACCUAGAGGUCUGAAAUCGAAAUAUGUUGUCCGGAUAGCACAUUUGAGGUUGCCUGUAAAGUUUCGUGCCAUAGAAGUCAACGUAGGCCAAACUCCUUCCCCCGACAACCCAGAGGUCUGAAAUUGUAAUAUGUUGUCCGGAUAGCACAUUUGAGGUUGCCUGUAAUGUUUCGUGCUAUAGAAAUCAACGUAGGCCAAACUCCUUCCCCCGACAACCCAGAGGUCUGAAAUUGUAAUAUGUUGUCCGGUUAGCACAUUUGAGGUGGCCUGUAAAGUUUCGUGCCACAGAAGUCAACGUAGGCCAAACUCCUUCCCCCGAC